AUGGGCAUCAUUACCGCUGUCAAGGAACAUGUUCUCUUUUGCGAGGAGGGUCCCGACUGCCCGUAUUGCCAGCCCAGUGACGACACCGACUCGGAGGAUGAUGCGACGGACGAGGAGCUGUCGGACGCCGAGGAAAGUUACAUUCAGCACUGCGAGGAGCACACGUGCCAGUGUGCUGAGGAACUCGAGCCCGUGGAGGGACACCCGCACCCGGACCCCCCUGUGGAGGCUGGUGACGGAGACGAGGAGACGCCUGUUCUGGUGCCCGUCGGCGAAGAUGAGACGGGAAGCGAGCCCUAG